GACAAAAUGGCGGAGCACGUCUAGUGGUUGAGUUUGUUUUUCCUCUUUCUCUCCGGCUGGAGAAAACGUAACCCUAACACAUUAUUAUCAACACUUUAACACAACAUUAGUCAUGUGGUCGAACAUCGCUCUAAGGACCGUUUUAAGGUCUUCCUUGGGCGUUUUGAGGGAAAGCGCCGGCACUCCACGGACGUGCUGCUCGGCGCUGCUGUCAAGAAACAAAGUAAACAGCGUGUUAGGAGUUUUUUCCCCUCCAGCACCAGUCCGACAUUAUGCUCGCGCUACAAAGAAAAAGGUUGCAGGUCUUGAGAGCCAACUCAGCGACCUCCCGCCGACCAUGCUGAAGAUGGAUUACGCCGCCGUACCCCUCGCAGAAACGACGGACGAUAUUGUCAAGAGACUUCUUUCGUUGGAGUUAGCCAGCCAGAGUGAAAAGUUGGCAUUGAAAAAGGAACAGCUGAUUGCCAAGGUGCAGCGGGAUGAGAGCGACCGCAGCUCAGUGGAAGUUCAUGUGGCCAUUUUGACGGCGAGGAUCCGCAACUUUCAGGAGCACUUGCUCAAACAUCACAAGGACAAGGCGAACAAGAGACGCAUGCUGAUGGCCAUGGAUAGAAGAAAGAAGUUGCUGAAGAACCUGCGGCUGGAGCGCUACGAUGCCUUCGAGAAGGUGUGCGAGCAGCUGGGCAUCACCUAUACCUUCCCGCCUGAGUACUACAGGAGGGCAACACGACGCUGGCUGGCCAAGAAGGCCUUCUGCAUCAAGGUCUUCAAGGAGGUGCAGAAGCAGAAAGCAGAGCAGAAACUGAAAUUAGCGGCUAAAAUGGAAACUGCCAGCCAGUAGAUGCCAUCAUUCGCUGGUAAAAGACAGCAUUUUUGGUGUGUUUUUUCUCCAUGUCACCGGUCUAUAUAAUGCAGAGGCCAGUUGCGGCCCGUUAUUCAUUUUAAAUAGCCUUUCAGUAAUAUUGCACCUCUGUGUAAAAGGCACGGGCAGAUCAAUGCUGAAUCCACUGUAAUGACUAUGAUAUGGCAAUUAUUCAGGAUUUCUGUGAGAGACUAAUGAGGCUUGAAACAUCAAUGCUAAAUGUACAUCCAUUUUGUAUACUAGUCAUUUCAUGAAAAUAAACACAGUAAUGAGGUUAAAAUACUUACGAGCCGACUUGUUUUGGGUAACUUCAGUUUAAAAGGAGACAUGCAUUUUUCCCAUAAUUUAAAACAUUUCCCAGGUGACGGGGAAUGUCACAGACAGGUUACUUUUGUCUAAUUACUAUGAGAAUCAAGACUUAUGGAA